AAUUCAAGUGAAAACCAAAAAAAAACAAUAUUUAUUUUUUACAAAUUUGUAUCCAAACAAAAUGUCCAUUCCUCGCAUAACCGAAUAUGAAAUAUUAGAAAAAUUAGGAGUAGGAAGUUAUUCCACAGUUUACAAAGCAAAGCACAAAAAAAAUCGAACAUAUCAUGCAAUAAAAUGUGUGGAAAAAUCUUCUUUAUGCAAAAGUUCAACUGACAAUUUAGUCACCGAGAUAAAACUAUUACGCUCCUUGACUCACAAGUACAUUGUUGGCCUCGAUGAUUUUUUCUGGGACGAUAAAAUGAUAUACAUCGUUCUUGAGUACUGCAAUGCUGGCAAUCUAUCGGCCUUCAUUCGGUCACGCAAAUCACUGCCCGAAGCAACUUGCAAGUAUUUUUUGAGGCAAUUAGCGUCUGGCAUUCAGUAUAUGCGUUCGAAUGAUGUUUGUCAUUUCGAUCUGAAGCCUCAGAACUUGCUACUAACUCGAGGAACCAAUGUCACUCUCAAGAUAGCUGAUUUCGGUUUUGCUCAGCAUCUAAAAUUGGGUGAAAUCAAUCAAAAACUUAAAGGAUCUCCACUUUAUAUGGCUCCAGAAAUUGUUGGUAAACAUCAAUACGAUGCUAAAGCUGAUUUGUGGAGCAUUGGAGUUAUUUUGUAUGAAUGUUUAUUCGGGAAAGCACCUUACACAUCCAAGACAAUUGAAGAGCUGUUGAUUAAAAUUAAAAAUAAUGAAAAAAUAACAAUACCUCCAAAUACUAAGAUAAGUGCCGAGUGCAAUGAUCUGUUGACACGAUUAUUGCAACACGAACCAUCCAAACGAAUAUCGUUUGAGGAUUUCUUUACACAUUCAUUUAUUGAUCUCAAGACCAUUCCGUCAGAAAAGACCCUCCACAAAGCUAUUCAAUUGGUCACAAGCGCCGUUGAAUUAGACGAACAGAAAAAGUACAAAGAAGCAUAUUAUUUGUACUGCCAAUCACUUCAGUAUUUCGUGCCUUUAAUAACAGAGGAACCUGAUGCAAACAAACGACAAGUUCUAAGAAACCGAGCCUUAACUUAUCUAAAAAGAGCUGAAGAAAUAAAAACUGUUAUAUUGAACGCGAAAAUAUGUCCAUGCGAUGAUACAAAGCAACCGUGUGUUUCUGAAAUCUUAGAGCCAGAUGAAAGAUACAAGCAACUUUAUGCUGUUUCGAACUCAAGUCCAUUACUUAAAACUGGUUUAGAAAUUGGGCGCCAAGCAGAGCUUUAUUCGUAUGAAAAGAAACUCGAAGCUGCAUUGGAAGGAUACACAUCAGCUUUGGGCAUUCUUGUGCCAUUUGUUAAUAAUGAACCGAAAAGCGAUCGAAGACAACUUAUUUUGCAACAGAUUGAUUUUUGGAUGAAAGAAGCUGAAAGCAUAAAAAGCAUAAUUUGUACGAAAGAUAUCGAUGACGAACAAAAAAAUUCAUCUUUACGAAGCUGUGUUAUUCAAUAAUAAAGCAAGACAAAACUUUAUUGUCUUUAAAAUGUUUAGAAAAAAUCAAAAGUAUAUUUGUAGAUGAUUGAUUCAUUUGUUAUUUAUUAUUUUUAUAAAGUCUGUUAAUUUAUUAUCUAGGA